GAUGAGCAGCAGCGGGAUGCCGACGAUGGCAUAGAAAUCGUUGUCACCUUGCCCCAGUCGGAUUUUAAGGUCUUUUAAGGCUUUAUUUAGCUGUCACAAAGUUGAAAAGAGUAAUCGUGUACAUUUCCAAGUGCUGGAAACAAAAGUUUCACACCAUAUUUUAGGUGGCAUCAUUUUUACGCGCUAAAAAGUGAAUUUUGAGUUUUGUGCUGUAAAAUGGACACAUCGAACAACGUACGCCUGCAACUUCAGCAGCAGCAGGCUCGCAAAUCGAAUCAAAACAUUCAGGUCUAUGUGCGCGUUAGGCCGCUGAAUGCACGCGAGCGAUGCAUACGCUAUGCAGAGAUCCUCACACGCCACACCCUCGACUCGAAGUUGACGAAGAAGUUUACGUUUGAUCGGAGCUUCGGCCCCGAGUCCAAGCAAUGCGAUGUCUAUGCGGUGGUGGUGUCGCCCCUGAUCGAAGAGGUGCUAAGCGGCUACAAUUGCACGGUGUUCGCGUACGGACAGACGGGUACUGGCAAGACGCACACGAUGGUGGGGAAUGAGACCGCGGAGUUGAAGUCCUCUUGGGAAGAUGACUCUGAUGUGGGCAUCAUACCGCGUGCCUUGAGUCACCUUUUCGACGAACUCCGCAUGAUGGAAGUUGAGUUUACGAUGCGCAUCUCCUACCUGGAGCUGUACAACGAGGAGCUGUGCGACCUCCUCUCCACCGAUGACUCCACAAAGAUACGCAUCUUCGACGACAGCACAAAGAAGGGUUCGGUGAUCAUCCAGGGCCUCGAGGAGAUCACUGUCCAGAGCAAGGACGAUGUCUACAAGCUCCUGGAGAAGGGCAAGGAGCGACGCAAGACCGCGACCACCCUGAUGAACGCGCAGUCCUCGCGCAGCCACACCGUCUUCUCCAUAGUGGUGCACAUUCGUGAGAACGGCAUCGAUGGCGAGGAUAUGCUGAAGAUCGGAAAACUCCAUCUGGUGGAUCUGGCGGCCAGCGAGAACGUCUCCAAGGCGGGCAACGAGAAGGGGAUACGCGUGCGCGAGACGGUCAAAAUUAACCAGAGCCUCCUGACGCUGGGCCGUGUGAUUACCGCUCUGGUGGAUCGGGCCCCCAUGUCCCGUACCGCGAAUCGAAGCUGACGCGCCUGCUGCAGGAGUCGCUGGGCGGCCGGACAAAGACCUCGAUCAAUGCCACCAUCUCGCCAGGGCACAAGGACAUUGACGAGACACUCAGCACGCUGGAGUACGCGCAUCGGGCGAAGAAUAUUCAGAAUAAGCCAGAAGUCAAUCAGAAGCUAACCAAGAAAACGGUCCUCAAGGAGUACACCGAGGAGAUUGACAAACUGAAGCGAGAUCUCCUCGCAGCGCAAGACAAGAAUGGCAUCUAGAGCUCAACGAGAAGAUGUUGCUGCUGAAGGCCCUCAAAGAUGAGCUGCAGUCGAAGGAGAAGACCUUCAACGAGGUGAGCCUGAGUCUCGUGGAGAAGACCCAGGAGCUGAAGAAAAUGGAGCAGCACCUAACCGACACCAAGGGGAGUCUACUACAAGGAGAAGAAACAGCUGGUGGCUUCGCACAUGAAAACGGAGGAGACGCUCACGACGCAGGCGCACAAAAUCCUGACCGUGGCAGAUUUGGCCACCAAUGAAACGGAGCAGCUUCAUGGCACCAUCGAACGGCGAAGGGACACCGAUGAAAAGAUACGCAGUGCCUGCGAUCAGUUCAAGGAUCGCAUGCAGGACAAUCUGGAGCAGCAAUCUCCAAGCAGCAUCUGAGCCAGGAAUUGGUACCCGUCUGUCCGUACGCGAACACCGUGCAAUUGUAGCCGCUUAGCACCUCUUCGAUCAGGGGCGACACCACCACCGCAUAGACAUCGCA